UUAAAAAGGGAGUCUCAGAUCCUUUUCGGGCAUUAACUACGCAACAGUCAUUACGGGCAAGAUACGAAGGGAGCGCUUUGUACAGCAGUCUACCAGUAGACUUUAAGGGCAAGCUGAACCUUCAUUCUUGUGACAAAUUGGAGAAAUUUGGGAUUGCUAAUGUUCUCGGCUGAAUUUAUACAUCAUAAUUUCAAUGGCAGAGGAAGCGAUGGAAAAUUCAGCUGGGCAGUUGGAGAUAGUCCAUGGGACUUCCGCUGAAGAAAUUGAGAAGCAUCAAGUUGCAGGCUCUGCUGACGAGAAAAGCUCGUGGAAGAAGUUUAUAUCAUAUGUUGGGCCAGGUUUUCUUGUGUCCAUAGCCUACUUGGAUCCUGCUAACUUGGAAUCAGAUUUAGAGGCAGGUGCAAAGUAUAAAUAUGAGCUGCUCUGGGUCAUUCUCUUGGCCUGUAUUUUUGCUUUGAUUAUUCAGUCUCGUGCUGCCAAUUUGGGAGUAGCCACAGGCAAGCACCUUGCAGAACACUGCAGAACAGAGUACCCUAAAAAUUUAAAUUGCAUACUAUGGCUGUUGGCAGAAGUGGCAGUAAUUGCAUCUGACAUCCCUGAAGUCAUUGGAUCAGCUUUUGCACUAAAUUUGCUGUUUCAUAUACCCAUAUGGGCUGGGGUCCUUAUAACAGGGCUCAGUACUCUCCUCCUCCUUGGAUUGCAGAGAUAUGGGAUCAGGAAAUUGGAGUUGGUAAUAACAAUUCUAGUAUUUGCAAUGGCCGCCUGCUUCUUUGGGGAGCUUGGACAUGCAAAACCCAAUUCUAUACAAGUCUUGAAAGGGAUGUUUGUUCCUCGGUUGAAAGGAAAUGGAGCAACUGGUCUUGCAAUCUCUCUCUUUGGUGCCCUUGUUAUGCCGCACAACUUGUUUCUCCAUUCAGCCUUGGUUCUUUCAAGGAAAAUACCCACUUCUGUUUCAGGAAUCAAUACAGCGUGCAGAUAUUUCUUUAUAGAGAGUGCAUUUGCUCUGUUUGUGGCCUUCCUAAUCAACGUGGCAGUUGUUUCUGUGAGUGGGUCUGUUUGUUCCAUGCCAUAUAUAUCUUCUCAAGAUGCAGAUAACUGUAAGGAGAUGGACCUCCUUAACGCUUCUUUCCUUUUAAAGAAUGUAUUGGGAAAAUGGAGUUCUAAAAUAUUUGCAGUGGCAUUGCUUGCGUCGGGACAAAGUUCAACCAUCACUGGAACAUACGCAGCUCAGUAUGUGAUGCAGGGUUUUCUGAACAUGAAAAUGAAAGCAUGGAGGCGGAAUCUUAUAACACGGGGCAUAGCAAUCAUUCCAAGUCUUGCAGUGGCUAUCAUUAGUGGUAGUUCUGGCGCAGGACAACUAAUUAUAAUAUGCUCGAUGAUCUUGUCAUUCGAGCUGCCAUUUGUUUUGAUUCCUUUGUUGAAGUUUAGCAGCAGUAAAAUAAAGAUGGGCCCUCAUGAGAACUCACUUAUAGUUACAAUUUCUGCUUGGCUUAUUGGAGCUGCUCUCAUAAUCAUAAAUAUGUAUUAUCUUAGCACAGGAUUCGUAGGUUGGCUAAUUCACAACCAUCUACCAAAGGUGGCAUCAAUACUUAUAGGAUUAGUGGUUUUUCCAAUUAUGUUAAUUUAUGUGCUUGGGAUUCUAUAUUUAGUUAUUCGAGUAGAUAAGGAAAUUACUUAUAUAGCACCGAAGGAUUCAUUAGAGUAUAAAAAUGAUGUAACUUCUAUUUUGUAG